AUGGCCUUCAAAGCCCCUUACAUCUCUGGAAUCAAAAGAAAGGAAGGGAAAGUGAGGCAGAGAGCCUCUCUGACCACACAAUUGGCAAAGACCUCCAGAGCACGAGGACAGGUCAAAGGCAGACCCUUUCUAUGUUCUGAAAAGCUACAAGAAAAGUCAGCUGUUACUUCCAGGAGGCAAGAGAGUUCACAGGCUGGAGGACAAUCGCCCUGCUUUUGCAGAAGGUUCUGCAGUUUUAGAAACAGAGGGAUGAGGACUCGCCUGGGAUGCCUGUCUCACAAAUCAGAUUCGUGCAGCGACUUCACAGCUAUCCUUCCAGACAAACCCAACCGGGCUUUAAAAAGAUUAUCAACAGAAGAAGCAACAAAAUGGGCAGAUUCUUUUGAUGUCCUCCUGUCCCAUAAAUAUGGAGUGGCUGCAUUUCGUGCAUUCCUAAAGACUGAGUUCAGUGAGGAAAACCUGGAAUUCUGGCUGGCUUGUGAAGAGUUCAAAAAGACACGGUCAACUGCUAAGCUGGCUUCCAAGGCCCAAAGGAUUUUUGAAGAAUUUAUUGAUGUGCAAGCACCACGAGAGGUAAACAUAGACUUCCAGACACGAGAGGUGACAAGAAGGAACAUACAAGAACCCUCACCGUCAUGCUUUGAUCAGGCCCAGGGGAAAAUUCACAGCCUUAUGGAAAAAGACUCUUACCCCAGGUUCCUGAGGUCCAAAAUGUAUACAGACCUGCUGUCUCAAACCCAGAGGAGACUCAGCUAGAACAGGGAGAGGGAGUUCCUCUUUAGAUGCCAUGAGCUUCCUGCACCAGCCAAAUCCAUUUCCAUAUGUGAAUUUCCGUUCAUUGGUGUUACAACAGCAGUAGAAUGAGAAGGGGAAUGGAAGAAGCAAGGAAAGAUAGGCUGUAUGUGUGUGUAUGUAAAACAUUUCUCAGCAUGAGUCCAGUGCUCUCUUUGGAUCCUCAUUUGUGUGUAUGGACACACCUAUAUGUUUAACUUUAGCACAUACACACACGCAUGGCAUUGCAACGCUUUGCAGUUGGUGCUCUUUUCAGAAACAUAACAUCUGGUCUACAUUUUAUGUUGAAGCCAGGCUUCCUAAUUCCUUUGCUACACUAGGCUAACCUGUAAAUAAUAAUAUGCGCUGGGCCAGGCAGCCAAAGGAGAUCCAGACCAAGUACCUGCAGGAUCAGGGGCUGGCAUGGUCAAGGAGCUCCAGUAGCAGCUGGCCAGAGGUUCAAGAUACCAGACAGAAAGGACAGCCGAAAUCCCAGUAAUUCAUUAGGCAGGAGGGCAUAGGCAAGCAGGUGGUCGAUGCAGAAAAUCAGAGAGCCAUGAGAGGCAAGGCCAGAACUUAGUGUCAUCCUUGACCUGACCUGGAGGCUUAGGGUGGAGCUAACUGGAGUCUUGAGGGGAUAGUACAACCAGUUUUGUCUUCACUAUACCACCUUUAAUAGCUUAUCACAAGGAGCACCCAGCCUGUAGGUACAGUUCUGGAUUCAAAUCCAAGUUAACCCUGAUGUGAGGUUCUACACCACCUUUUCCCUGUGUAUUCAGACAAUCACCAAGGUAUUGGUGUAGUAAUUUAUUUUAUUUAUUUAAUAAGCUUUUAGAUCGCUUUUCAGGCAGAACUGCCUCCCAAAGUGGUUUACAAUCACAUACCAAUACAUAGCUAUAAUAAAGCCACAAUAAAGCCAUUUAAAAUAUCCAGUUCCAUCAAAAAUUAUAUAGGCCAGUCUGCCUACCACAGAAUAAAAUAACCCAACUAGCUCUAAAAAUCAGUUUCCAGUUAACAGAUCCUAGAUUAGCCCCCAAAGUCCAUGAUAAAAAGCUGAGUCUUAAGGCCUGUUUAAAAUUUAUGAGGGAUGAGGCUUGCCUGAUUUCACUUGGAAUCACAUUCUAUAAUUGGGGAGCCACCAUUGAAAAGGCUCUCUUAAGGUUAAGAACUGUUCUCAACUGGGACAACAGUGUGAUAGUCUGCUGUAGAGAAUUAAAGCUGUGGUAUAAUUUACAGGACUUGGCCUAGCUCUUAGAGUAAAACAAAUCAAGAUAGUCAGCUCCACUUUCCAUGGAUUUGUAUUCAUGUGAACUUGAAGCACUCUCUGCCCCUUAAAAAUGUUCUCCCUUGCCCCUCUGUAUAAAACUAUUUAAAUUACACAAUUAGUGCCAGUCUCAGAUAUUUUCAUAUUUCAAGCAAACUAUGAGCAUGGCUUCUGCCUCCACUUUAUUCCGAACAAAAUGACAUGCAGAGAUGGGAAGUGAAAGUGUGUGUGAGGGGGAGAGAUGUACUCCUUCUGGAAUCUGCUGCCUGAAGUGGCUUCUUCAUGUUGUAAAGUUCAUUGAAGUGGCUUCUUCAUUGUACAGUUGAUUCUUUCCACAGGAACUCUGAAUUCAUUUGUCAUACUGUAGUAUAAAAACAUAAAGGUCCUUCUCCAAGAUGCCAAAAAAACUGAAAGCCCCUUAAUGUACAGGCUGGAUUCCCCCUCCCCUUGAUUAAUACAGCUGGCUCUGUUACUGGACAAAUGGAGCCGUUGUCCAGAGUUCUAAAACUUCUCAGCACCCUCACCAAUUACCUCUGGGGAAGUCGUAAUGGUUAAAUUGUUGUAGAUAUAUUGAUCAAUUUGUACUGUAGGCAUAGCUGUGACAGAGAUGGUAAGAGACAAGAAAGGAAGUGAGGGCCACUCUUCUAUCGCCGUAUACACUGGUGGAUUUCUAUUUCUUGAAAAGCUCCAGAUUUAAGCAUAACCAAGGAAAGUUCAGAUCACCUGCUGCAUUUCCUUACUCUACUCAUAUGUUCUUUUCCUCACCAACCGCACUAUGCAACAUGAAAUCCCACUCACUAAAGUGGGUAAGGAAAAGAGUAUAGGAGGGUAAAGUGGUGCAGGGCUGUGAGUUGGAGAGAAGCUGAACCUGCAAAGCUUCCCUGAAAGAAACAGGAAGCCCAUUCAAGUUCAGAAGAGGCAACCCUGCAAAACAUGUCAGACAAUAAUGAAAAUGAUCAUUUUCCUACUUUCAUGCACCAAUGGAUAAAAGUGGCACUGAACUCCGUCAUGUUAUUUGUCAUCCUCACCACUGACUGUUAUUUAUUAUUCACUGAUUGAUGUUGGUGCUCUGCAAACAUAUAAGGACAUACGGUCCCUCUUCAAAGGGGAGCUGCAUAGGAAAAAAAACUAUUCCAGAUGAAAAUCCAAAUCGUGAAGAGCUGUUUGAGUGUAUGAGCAGAUAGACAGAUAUUAGACAUUAUGCAGCAUACAUCUGAGUAUCUCGUCCAAAUACAGCAGCAUGCCAAUUAUAUGAGUAUAUACAUACAUUGUAUUCUAUUACCUAAGAAACACCACUUAAAAUUGACUUCAUGUAGACAUCUGCUAUUUCAUAAUGCUACUGGGCUCUGCAAUGAACAAAUAUUUCAGGACAAAGGUUCUAAUGGGGGUGGACAUAUAAGAGAGAACAAGGAAACAAGCUUCUGAAUCUAAAAGGGAGCAAGGCUGAAAAUGUAGAUAUAUCAAUGAUAUUGUAGGAUGCUGUGUCCUUCAGGCACAAGGCACAAAAAACCAUCCAGUUACAAGCUGUGAUGUGAUGCUGGAGUGACAGUGGUGGUGAUGGCUUUCUGCAAUAGAGUUUUUGGAUUCAAAAAUAUGUACUAUCCUGGCAUCUCAAAGUCUGCACAGACUCACCUGAUGGUGUCUAUAUACAGCAUACACUGCAUUAAAAUGGCAUCUAGCAUUAGCAAGGACCAAGAGAACAACUUGGAUCAAAAGGCAGAAUAACUUCUGUUUACCAUCAAAAUGCCCACUGUAGCAUUUGCUUUUUCCAGGUUUGUUUGUUUGUUUGAUUUAUAUCCCGCCCUUCCUCCCAGCAGGAGCCCAGGGCGGCAAACAAAAGCACCAAAAACACUUUAAAUCAUCAUAAAAACAGACUUUAAAAUACAUUAAAACAAAACAUCUUUAAAAACAUUUUUUUUAAAAAGCUUCCAAGACAUCUUAAAAAAAAAGUUAAAAACAUAUUGUUUUUUAAAAAAGGUUUAAAAACAUAUUAAAAAGCAAUUCCAGCACAGACGCAGACUGCGAUAAGGUCUCAACUUAAAAGGCUUGUUGAAAAAGGAAAGUCUUCAAAAGGCGCCAAAAAGAUAGCAGAGAUGGCGCCUGCCUAAUAUUUAAAGGGAGAGAGUUCCACAGGGUAGGUGCCGCCACACGAAAGGUCUGUUUUCUGUGUUGUGCAGAACGGACCUCCUGAUAAGAUGGUAUCUGCAGGAGGCCCCCACCUGCAGAGCACAGUGAUCGACUGGGUAUAUAAGGGAUAAGACGGUCUUUCAGGUAUCCUGGUCCCAAGCUGUGUAGGGCUUUGUACGCCAAAACUAGAACCUUGAAGUGGCCCAGUAAGGGGUUAGUGGUGAGUACGAGUUGGGUUAUGAAGCUUUCAGUUCAGCACAGGUGUGCAUUAAACCAGAAGUGUGACUGAUAGCACAAGACAUUUGGUGCCAGCCACAGGCCAAAAAUCCAAACAGCGUUCCUUGUGGUGGCACAAUAUUAAACUAAAUAUUUGAUGAUUUGUUGCCCUUUAGUGGAACUCCAAAUUCUGCUGUCUGAGGUUGGUACCUUGACUAAUGUUAGGCAGGCUGUGUGUGGGAUGGCAGACACAAUGGGAGGGAGCAGAGCAGGAAAAAAUAGGAGACAAAUGUGGACUACAGGGGUUGGAUGUGCACUAGAUGCCUGUCCGACCUACUCAAAACUGCUGUGCAGAUGUGCCCUGAGACGAUAUAGAGGAUUUGCCAAGGCCUGAGCAAUUUCAUUUACUACACAGCAGUUUCAGAUCACUGCUAAGGUGGCUGUAGUACCUCCACAGUUGAACCACAUAUG